GCCGGCGGAGGGCGGCGCGCAGGGCGCGGGUGCGGUGGGUGCUGGCGCCCCGGAAGGUUGCGGCUCAGCCGCUUCGCAGCCCCUGCGGUGCAGGCGCGGGGCGGCACCGUGCAGCUGCGGGUUGUGUUCCUGUGAGCUUUUCUUUUCUUUAGUUUUAUUUCCCCCUUGAAUAUUUUGAGGCUGCUUUGCCAAAAACAAAACAAAACAAAACAAACAACACCCCCCCCCCAGAAGUCUCCGGCAAGUUGUCCCGCAGACUUCCGCAGAGGAAGGCAUGAGGUGCAGUCCUGGACAACAGCUACCAAGCAAUCCUUGCGUCUCAUGUGGCAAAAAGUAAAAAUACAGCUAGGCAUGCCUUUCCUCAUUGCUGUUUUUUGGUACUGCAGAAGGCUAUACAACUGUUUAGCACAGCUAUUGAAAUGGUGGAGCAGCUAUCUUCAGAGAAAAUUCAUAAAGAAUCUCAGCGUGUCACCAGAAGUCGACCUCCUUGGUUACUGCGCAAGAGAGUGGAAAGGAGACACAAAGCAGGCCAAGCACAUACGGGAGGCAUAUGAAGACUUGUUUUGGAGGUAUCAUAUCAAAUAUUUACGACAAGUCAGGAGAGACAACUACUGUGUACUAAGAGCAGUGCUUUUUCAGAUAUUCAGUCAAGGCAUUCCUUUUCCAUCAUGGAUGAAGGAGAGGGAUAUAUUAAAGCUCCCUGAAAAGCUUUUGUAUUCUCAAGGUUGCAACUGGAUUCAGCAAUACAGUUUUGGUCCAGAAAGAUACACAGGUCCCAAUGCCUUUGGAAAAUUACGCAAAUGCAUGGAAGCAUUAAAGACAAAUUGGACUGAAAUAAGUAGUAUUAAAGAUCAUGAAGGAAGAGGAAACAUGUGUAAUACACUUUUUUCUGAUGAGAGCAAGGAGCACAAAUUAUAUGAGGCCAUAAAAUUCAUCAUGCUCUACGAAGUUGUCGAAGCCUAUGAGCAGAUGAAGAACAGGGAAGAACAUGUACCGAACCUUUUUAGCCUCCUUCUUGCUCGUGAUUCUUCUUCUGACCCUUUGAGUUUCAUGAUGAAUCAUCUGAAUGCUGUAGGUGACUCUGGUCACCUAGAACAGGUUGAAAUGUUUCUUCUUGGAUACUUACUUGAAGUAAAGAUAAGAGUUUACAGACUGCAGAAGUUUAAUACUGAAGAGUUUCAAGUAAACUGUCCAGAUGAAUAUCAAAGAGAAUGGCAUGAGAUCUCUCUUCUGACUGAGGAUGACCGCUACUAUCACAUUGCCGUUACCAGAACAUGAGGGACCAAUGAUCUUUUUUUUUCUUUGUAUAAUACAGUGAGUGACCAUUUCCAGUGAAUUAUGUUUUUAAAUGGCAGCAGUGAGAUUUUGAUAAAUGCAUAUUAAUGAUUUAUGGGUUUAUUGUGGAAACAUUUUCCUUUCUUGUUACAGCUCAAUUCACCAGCAGUCAGCCAUAAAAACCAUAAAAUAUAUUACCAUGCUCUCUGGGGAAAAAAAUGUCAUAUUUGAGGGCUGUCAAACAAAAAAGAUUGAGCUACAUCCCAAAGAAGGAGAAGGUAAUGCUAGGAUUUCCAUUGUUAGGCUAAGGGUUUACUCUGACUUACCUGGAUGGAUUAAACCCAAGUUCCUAAAGCAAUUACUGCCUUUUCCUUUCUGUCUCCAGCUGGGUGGAUGAAUCGCUCAGGGAAGCAGCUCCAGGCUCCCACCAUAUACACCAGUAGAUUAAAUGGUGUUGAUCUGGGGCUAACCAGCAUGCGAGGCUGUAACCUGGGCCACUGACUAGCUGCUUUAAAUCACCUGCAGCUUCCUCUGUUGCUGAAAUGUCUUCUCCAGAGAAAGCCCAGAACAAACAGCUGCAGACUGGAGUUAUUUCAGAUGCUUGAAAUUAAGCUGUCUGCACUCAACGCUGGUAUUUGCAGCCGAGGAUUUGUUGCACAGAAAAAGAAUACUGUGUACGUGAUCUUCAGAUCUACUUUAUAAUUGAAGAAAGCACAUUAGCUUUUCCAAAUCUAACAAAGGAAGUAUUAAUUAAUAAGUAACAUGCAAUAUAGUUAGACCCACUAGUUGUCUUUGGUUUUUAUCAACUUGUAAAUCUCUUUUUUUAAGGGCCAAUUUCAGCAUUACCUGCCAAGACACGUGAAGAUUUCUUUUGCAAUUGCUCUGAGAAAGCUGUGCAUUGAAUACAUUCUCAACACUUCAUUUUCACAAAAAGUUAAUUUGCUGUGCAUUACGUGCAUUUAGCAGAGUGUGCACCUAUUAUAUCCUCUGUGUGUGUAUGUAUUAAUCUCCUUGCAUAAGAUUGUUAUCUUUAGUUUAGACCUCAAUGUUUGAAGAAGUCUGUCUGGGACAACUAAAAUUUGCUUCAGUAUGUGGAACUUUUUUAAAGAUCUGUUUUUUAAAGGACUGAAGUGUUUUGAUUAUUUCUAAAAUGAAGGACCUUAACAGGAAUGAAUAUUCACAUGAUACAGCAGAUUUUGCAAAAUAUUUAUUUGUGAAAAGCUUACGAUGCUAUAGGCAUACAGUUGUAUUGAAAAAAGUAGUUUUUAUUAAGAAAUGAAGCCUUUCCUUAACUAUAAUGGAAAUACUCCUAGGAAUAUGGGGACACACGGGUUUGUUUUUAAUUCUUGCGAGAGACAAUAUAAGCCAGUAACAAAAAUGUGAACUGGGUCUGCAGGAGCAAAGCAGUGCUAUGUCAUAACUGAACAGUAAAGUUUGGAGUGCAUAGAAACUGCUCUGUUCCUUUAUAUAAAGGAAAGCAAUUUUAUCCCUUACAGUCUUUUGAUUUGUGUGUGUAUAUGUGUAUAUAUUUAUAAACCUGAACAGCUGUGUUCUCUGUUGUAAGUUUUGUUUCUUGAAAGUUUUUUUGAGUUCAGUUUUGUUCAAUAAUUUGUAGCUUUUAAUUAAAAAGCUUUGAUACAUACAAUAAUUUAAUCUCAUCAAAACCUGCAUAUCAGAUAUUUAUUAAAAGAAACUUUUUGUCAAUGAAUGAAAUAACUUGCUUCCUUUAGAUUUGGUUCUGUUCCACAUGGGGAAAUAUUAUAAUGCCCAAGAUUAGGGUACUGUUAUCUACUGUACACCAACAGCGCUCAUACCAUUUACAGCUAUUAACAGACUUGUCCCUAUUUUUUCUUGUUUUUGUACAGAGACACAGAAAAAUGGUGUAUUUUUACAGCAAGCAUUUUUAAUGGUUUGCAUGUGAUAUAUAACUAGCAAUACAAAAGCAUUACUGCUGAACCUGUUAAAUUGUCAAAAAAUAUGCAUUGUUUUUGUAAGCUGAGCAUGUAAGUAGAAGGGCAUCAAUAAAUAUAUAACAUGGACAGUGGGAUUUAUCUUGCCAAUUUGUAUGCUUGUAUCUGACCCAGGCCAUCCCGGGCUCCUGGGCAAUAUGAUGUAGUUAAUCAGAGGAGUUGAUCUCUGGAGGGAUCCGCUUCUUCUCACUGACCCUAACAGGAGCUGGGAGUGACCAGCAAAGACUUAAAUCUCUCUGCUCCAGAAGUCUGCAGGAGUCUGUUCCAGGAGUCCAGAAAGGACGUGUUGAAACAGAGCUGCACAGAUGUCCGCAGUGCGAGCUCAGCCACGACAGGAGCAGGAACAGCAGCUGAGGAAAGAGAAAUUUCAGCUGAGGAUAACUCUAAGUCUUGCAGAUAAAUGCAGAGAUCUUUGAACAAGAUCUGGAGGGACAUUGAGACAGGUUUGCAGUUGCGUUGAUUUUAGUUGGAGUUUCUAAUGAUAAAUUUUGCAUAGAAUAUGUGUAAUGCAAAAAAAAAAAAAAUGUAUAUUUUUACAUAUAAAGAAAAAAAUAUAAAGAAAUCCUCCUGAAUAAACUGCAUGUAUGCUACUAACUGGUACUGGUAGAAAUGAGAUAGUAAUUAAAUUCAAGGGUGACAAAGCGGCUGAAAACUGCAUGUAGAUGUCUUGCAUAACUCUUCUGUACAUAACAUGUGUAUUCUUUGUUUUAUCUAGUCAUCACCAGAAUAAGUAGGUUUCUACUGUAGGCCUAGAACUUAAAGUUAGGAAAUGUUUUUCUGGUGCUUGACAGCUAAUUGUAGUUCAGAAAAUCCAUGGAAAGUUUGCUAAGCAAUUAGAUUACUAUUUUUUUUUGGAAAAGUGUCACAGUCAACAAAAAUAAGCUUUGCUUAGUCAAACGUUUCCAUACAGUAAUCUUUGUAUUAGCUUUGAGAAUUAAAUUUCAUCUUUUUCAGUGAAGAAUGUAUAGUAAGAAAAUAAGAGGUUUUGUAAUGAAUAGGCCCUUGAAGUCAUGUGUAUGAGAUUGAAGAUCAAAUCCAAAUGGCUUAUUCAAGGCAAAGCAAAGACAUUCAGAGACUGAUGGUUAGAAGAGUAGUAAACAUAAAACAAAAAGCAUGUAAUCAUCACAAUUUUUUUUAAUACAGUGUUGUAGGCAGCUAAAAGUCUCAAGUCAGGAUGUGUUUAUUAUUUCUGAUCGACAGCUUGGCAAGCAAAAUAAAACAUACUAAAGCAUCAA